AUUUCCUUGAAGGCACUAAGUAGAACUCUUGACAUGACCCAACCGCAUGCGAAUGUGUUACUAAUGUGUGCUAAAUGUAUUGUAUGACAAUUCUUUUGUUCAUCUCCAAGAAAACGGACUUCGGAGCAUAACACUUUCAGGAAUAUUUUGGAAACAGAUUCUCAGCACAACACCACCAAAAAUAAUCUCCCGAAAGAAAAAUGUCAAAGCAUGGAAUGGCUACCUAGCGGAAAGAAAAAAAUUCCAUUUAAAAGUAAAACACAAGACUCAGAAUGCCUCAAAAAUAUUCUAAUGGAAUCAGAAUGGCUAGUUGAUGUGCCGGACGAUUUGGAUACACGAUGGACUGCUGUCGUUUGCCCUCAAGGAAAACGUUGUAUCUUAAUUGCGAAAGGAAAUGGAACUCAAGCAUAUGAUAAAGCGGGUCGGCAAUUUAUGAGCUUUCCCUCUUGGCUGCCGAGUGGUUCUUGGGCCGAGACUUACUUAAGCCCAGGAGGACAUAAAAAUGGACAAACCAUUCUGGACUGCAUCUACAACUUCGACAGCACAUCCUUCUACGUAUUGGAUGUCAUUGAAUGGAACUCGCAUCCAUUUCUUUCUUGUGAGACUGAUUUUAGAUUUUACUGGCUGUCUUCAAAAUUUGAUGAAAUCAUUCAACUUUCGGAGAAGAGCAAGAACAAUCCCAAAUCAAUUUACCUCGCUCCAAGAUUUCCGGCUGCAGAGUUGCCUUCAAGAAUGGCGCAUUUUCCUCUGGUGGAAGAAACUAAUCCCAAAGUGGAUGGGAUUCUGUUUUAUCACAAUGAAACGCACUACACUUCGGGCUCAACCCCCCUUGUUGGUUGGUUGAAACCCUUCAUGGUUCCUGAGAUGCUCAAAAUUUCGGUGCAUGAGGCUUACAAGGCCGAUGUUCCUCCAAAUUACCUGAGCGCUGUCCAGUUUAUUCAGUCCAGUCUAAGUAAUCAGGCACAAAAAACCAAAUAUCGAACAAGAAAGGAUUCCAAUCAGAAGGGAAUAAGAAGAGGAAAGAAUCGACACUCCUCGUCAAUGGAUAAAGUUGAAUCAAUGGAGCAAGACUCUGCGUCAAAUCAGGACCCUCCUGUCGAAGCCACAAGCUGUGAUACGAAAGCUGAUCUAGUAAACAGAGAUAUGAUCUCAGAGCUUGCCAGUUGUGAAUCAAGUUCAUCGUCCACUGAAAUGCAUAUGGAGGACAAUGCAGGAAACUCCUGAACACAACACUGGUGCCUAAAUUUUAUAGGUGCUGCUUGAGCUUCGUUUAAAGAAGUUUAAAAAACUUAUUAUCUAGUCAUUAUUUUACAUAUAUAUUUAUGUAAGUGAAUGAUUGUUUCACCACAUGUAGUCCAUCCGUUUUUUGACAGAAACUGCUAAUGUUAGAAGUAAACUGAUUUUAUUUAGUGGUUGUGUCGCACGAACAGAUCUGAUGAUGAAAAUUAAUGAUUGGAAAGGCAGAAAAUCCAUUUCCUGGGCGCUUCCUUGUCUCAAUUGAAGAAAAUGAUAACUCAAAUACAAAGGGAAUUGAUUAAACAAAUGUUGCGAGUAUGUGUUUUUAACAUCAAUAGUUUCUGGGAAAAGCGAAGGAAGUCUCAUUUUUGUGUGACCCUCGUAGUUUGAUUCUAGCAGUGUCAAUGAAUUACUCUCAUGCCUCUAAUUUCAAUUGUAUGUGUAUUCAUAUUAUCAGGUUUUCAUGUGUUAUUAAACUUACUUUUAAAGCUGUAUAAGUUCAAAUGAGGAAA